UCCUGUCAUGUGUGCGAUUCUCUUUCUUUGAUUUCCUGUUCGCGAGAAGGAGGCGGAUAAAUCUGGCGAGUCAAAGCUGCCGCGUCGUAUCGCUUUUAGAUCGUCAAAAACAUCCACGCGUGCAUUUUCCAUUCUCGCGGAGCACCACCUGGAGCCUGUCCCAGUCCUUUCCAAUUUCUUUAAUCAUAAUUAAGGAGUUCAUAAAGCAGGUGUGUGAUUUUGACUCAGAUGCAAAUGCACGUUUCCGUGUAAAGGAAGGAGCACCUUUUAACCUGUAGCGCUAGCUGCAAGCAGCUAUAUAAAGAAUGCUAACAAAAUGCUGCCCAUCUUAGACAUGAUUUGAACAAAAGGGAUAAAAGAGUUAAUAACACCAAAAAAAGAGGUGGAGUUAACAAGUGAUGCUGCAUUUCUGGAGUGUUGAACUACAGUAAAAAGAUGAAUGUGCGCUUGGUGCAAACGCUGCGGGCCGUGUCGCUGUUGUGGUGGUGCCUGCGCUCACCGGGGGCGCACGGCCAGUGCGACGAGCCCUCCGAGUCGUCCAAAGUCAACCUCUCGUCGGACCACCGUCUACCGACGUUCGUCGCCGACUUCCCGGUCCAGAACAUGGUGACCCUCGACGGCGUUGUCUACGUGGGCGCCGUCAACCGGAUCUACGCGCUGGCGCCCAACCUCACCAAAUUGUCAGAGUAUCGCACGGGGCCGCUGUUCGGCAACGAGACUUGCGGGUACGGCGGCGGCGGCGACAGCGGUCAGUUGGACAACCACAAUUUAGCCCUGGUGGUGGAGAAGAUGUAUGACAAAGGCUUGUAUAGCUGCGGCUCGGCGGACAACGGCGUCUGCCGCCGCCACGUGUUGGACGACGACGUCAGCCCCAAGACGGUGGACGAGGAGGUGUACUGCUUCGCCGACAAGGUGGGGCCGGGCAGGGGGACGGCGGCCGACGCCGACGUGGUGGUCGGCGCUUCGGGCUCACGGGUGCUCAGCGUGGAGAGCAACGUCAUCCUGUUCUUCGCGGGCAACUCGGAGAUUCCCGGUUCGGGGAGUGCGUCCGAGGCCGCCGCGACCCGACCUCACACCCUGUCCCUGAGGAAGAUGAAGACCAGCCAGGACGGGUUCACCUUCUUCUCGGCCCUGUCCCACAUGGAUCUGAUCCCGUCGCUGCGCGGGAAAUACUACCUGCGCUACGUCCACUCCUUCCACAGCGGGCCUUUCACGUACUUCCUGACGGUGCAGCAGGUGAGCCGGCACUCGCAGUCUUUCCACACGCGGAUCGCGCGGAUGUGCUCUUCGGAUCUGGUCAUCCGCCGCUACGUGGAGCUGCCGCUGGAGUGCAUCAGCACCGACAAGCGCCGGCGACGCUCGGUUGAGGACGUCAAGGUGUUCAACCUGCUGCAGGCGGCGCACGUGACCAAAGUGGGCGACGACGUGAAGCUGCAGCGCCACCUGAAGGUGGAGGAGGACGACGACGUGCUCUUCGCCGCCUUCGCCCGCGGCAAGCCCGACUCGAGCGAGCCCACCGCCAACUCGGCCGUGUGCGUCAUGAGCGUCAAGCACCUGAACAGGAUGUUCCGGAUGUACAUGGAGAAGUGCAACACGGUGGACCCGUACCAUUUCACCGGCUCCGACGGCAGGGCCUGCUACAACGUGAGCUCGUCGGACGAGUGCGACCCGCACGAGGGCAUCCAUGAGGGGAAGGAGGGCAAGUACCGCCUGCAGGUGACCCAGUUCGUGCAGCGUCUGGAGUACUGGCACAAAGAUCUCACCGGCACCCUAGUGACCUCCAUCAAGGUGCUGCCUGUCAACGGGCACGCUGUUGCUUUCCUGGGCACCGCCGAUGGACGCCUCAUUCAGGUUCGCUUCUCCCGCUUGGCAUCGCCGCACGUCAACCUGCGCUUGGACUCGCGACCCGUCACGUCCUCGGUGGCGCUGCUCGACGGCCAGGACGGCGGCGCCCUGCUGCUGGCGACCGGGAACAAGAUCACCAAAGUUCCCCUGAUUGGCCCGGGCUGCAGUCAGCUGACGACCUGCACUUCCUGUCUGCUGUCGUCGGCGGUGACCGAAUGCGGCUGGUGCGACGGGCGAUGUACCCGAGCCCACCAGUGCCCCGCGCCCUCCAUCUGGACACAGGACUACUGCACGCCCGUCGUCACCAAGGUGUCUCCGUCGUCCGGGCCCCUUCGGGGCACCACCGUGGUGACCGUUUGCGGGCGCAACUUCGGCUUCGACCGCACCGAAAGCUUCAAGGCGUCGCUGGUGAGCGUGGAGCUGGCCGGCACCCCCUGCAAACUUCCCAGACAGGACAACCUGAACAGGUGGACUGAGAUGCAGUGUUCCCCCGUCGUCGCUGGGAACUUCACCCAGUCGGGGCACGCCAUCAAGGUCACCAGUGGGCACGAGGUCGCGCACAUGGAGGGCGCCUUCACCUUUGUGGAUCCGGUGAUCGACAAGAUCUUCCCGACGUUUGGGCCCAAGUCCGGCGGCACCAUGUUGACCAUCACGGGCUCUUUCCUGGACACGGGGAACAAACAAGAGAUCACCGUGGGAAAUGUUGCCUGUAAAAUCCAGAGUUUGUCAUCGUCCAUGGUGACCUGCAAGACACCGCCGCACGCGGUCCCGUCGGCGCAGCCUGUCAAACUCACGGUGGACUCGGUAGAGCGCCAGGCAGUCUCCCGCUUCACCUACAACCAGGACCCCCUCAUCAACAGUAUCCAGCCGUCGCGUUCCUUCAUCAGUGGGGGCUGCACGCUGUCGGCUCACGGCUUCUUCCUGCAUUCGGGCCUCCAGCCUGAAAUGGUCCUCACCACCGGACAAGAUGCUGUCGUCUUCCACGUGAGUUGCGUGUAUGGCGAGAACCGCACCUCCAUCCAGUGCACCACGCCCUCCCUUGCCAAACUGGCCCUGCCGCCCCCGGUGGUCACCAAAGUGGCGUUCAUCCUGGACGGGUACUCCACCGACCAGUGGGACCUGAUCUACGUGGAGGACCCCCUAUUCCAGGACCCCAAGCUCACGUCCAAGGACAACAAGAGCGUCGUGGAGCUCAAGGUGAGACCUCGUCAGGGCGACCACAUGGACCGGGAGGCGAUGAAGUGCCAGGUGCUGACCGUGUCCAACCGCAGCUGCGAGAGCCUCACGCUGGUGGGCAACACGCUGGAGUGCACCGUCCCCAACGAGCUGCAGGCGGCCACCGCCAAGGGGCUGCAGGUGGAGUGGCGACAGGCCGAUUCCAUCCGCCACCUUGGCAAGGUGACGCUGGCGCAGGAACAGGACUACACGGGUCUGGUGGUGGGUUGUGUGCUGGUCAGCCUCCUCCUGCUGAUGCUCGCCACGCUGCUCAUGUGGCGCAGGAACAAGCACAUUGACGAUCUGUCUGAGGUGUGGUACGACGGCCGCGGUGACAUUCAGCAUCUGGACAGGCUUGCUAGCGCCAGGGGUGUCAGCCCCACGAACGAAAUGGUGUCUCACGAGUCUGUGGACUACAGAAGUACGCUGCUGGAGGACCAGAACACAGAGCGACCCGAGACCUGCCGGGCGGUUCCCAUCCUGUACGGGUCCGGCCGGGAGCUGCUAUCUCCCCGUAUGGGGGCCCUGACCCGCGGAUUUGGGAUAGAAAGCGAACUGGUGUCGCCGCUGCUGAUGGCGCCGGUCCACAUCGACCUGAACUGUCUCCAUCCGGACCUCCUGAGCGAGGUCCAGCACGUGGUGAUCGCCCGGGACAGACUCCUGCUGCACCUCAACCAAGUCAUCGGGAGAGGUCACUUUGGAUGCGUCUUCCACGGAACUUUGCUGGAGCCAAACGGUCAGAACCAACACUGCGCCAUCAAGUCUCUCAACCGCAUCACGGACUUGGAGGAGGUGACCCAGUUCCUGAAGGAGGGCAUCAUCAUGAAGGAUUUCAGCCACGCCAACGUGCUGUCGCUGCUGGGCAUCUGCCUGCCGCCUGAGGGAUCGCCGCUGAUGGUUCUGCCCUACAUGAAGCACGGAGACCUGCGCAACUUCAUCCGCGACGAGGGACACAACCCGACGGUGAAGGACUUGAUGGGUUUCGGGCUGCAGGUGGCCCGAGGGAUGGAGUAUCUGGCCAGCAAGAAAUUUGUUCACAGGGACCUGGCGGCCCGGAACUGCAUGCUGGACGAGAGCUACACGGUGAAGGUGGCCGACUUCGGGCUGGCGCGCGACGUCUACGACAAAGAGUACUACAGCGUCCACAACAAGAGCGGCGUCAAGCUGCCCGUCAAGUGGAUGGCGCUGGAGAGCCUGCAAACGCACAAGUUCACUGCCAAGUCCGACGUGUGGUCGUUUGGCGUUUUGCUCUGGGAGCUGAUGACCCGCGGGGCGCCGCCCUACUCCGACGUCAAUUCCUUCGACAUCACCGUCUUCCUGCUGCAGGGCCGCCGCUUGCUCCAGCCCGAGUUCUGCCCCGACUCCCUCUACACGGUGAUGGUGGAGUGCUGGCACCCGAAGCCGGAGCGUCGCCCGUCCUUCUCCGACCUGGUGUCCAGCAUCGCCGCCAUCUUCUCCAGCUUCAGCGGCGAGCACUACGUCCUGCUCAACACCACCUACGUCAACAUCGACAAGAUGAGCCCCUACCCGUCCCUGCUCGCCACCACCGACCCGGCGUCCCCGUCCUCCUCGUCCUCGUCCUCGUCUGAAGCGUUCACCUCCACCUCCCUGACGCCCCACCCGCUCUUGUUUUGCAACCCCGAGCGGGACUGUUGCACCUAAGGAUUACGAGGGAAGAACUACUGUGUGUCCCAACACUGGACAAAGGACAAGCUCUUAAUGUACAUAGAUUGUCGACGGUCUCGAGUUACUGAUUUCCUGGACGUUUUUUGGGAGGAAGUCGGGAACCUUUAAGGCGGAGCUUUGCUCGCUUCUUGUUAAUGUGAAUUAUGAUCUAUAGGGAGAAAAACUUGGCAGUCCUGCGGAAAAAAAGUGAGACAAACAUCACCGGUUCUUCUCACGGUGACUUUUUGGACAGUUGUGGCUUCUUCACAAGUGCAACACUUGGGGCGAGUGUCACUUAGCAACAUGGAAUUUGGGAAUUUUUCGAUCACAAGUAGACCCACAAAAAGGUUUCGAGAGGUUAUGCCUGGAAAUGUUACGGGUAGUCUCCCGAUUUGCUUUGGUUAGACCACCUGGAGGAACCUUUAGAAAAUUCUGACCCGAAAGCCAGGUUCACGCAUCAAAUUAUGGUCGGCAUAUCGAAUGAGUAAAAACGAAAAGACUGAAGAGGCCAGACACAGGAAGUCAGCCAUUUUGUUUUAAAGCUGCCAUUUGACGCUCAUUUUAGCCAUUUCAGAGGGUCCUAAAAAACUCCUUCUCAAGACUUUGUCUCAUUGCUACUAAAUUUGAAGCACACAAGACGGGUGGGCAAUGCAUAAUUUCAAAACAUUUUGAUAUUUCAUCAUAGCAUCACUCAUGGUGUAGUGGUACACACGCCUGCCUUUGGUGCACGAAACGUGGGAUCGAUUCCUGCUCAGCGAUGGUGUCAAUAUCUGCCCUGGCGACCAGUUCAGAGUGUAUUCCGCCCAAAGAUAGCUGGGAUAGGCUCCAGCUUUCCCGCAACCCUUGUGAGGAUAAGCGGAGUCCAGGCCAUACAUGUCAUUGGUCCUCAUCAAAAUUUCCAUCGAUCCUGCCGAGUCACACGACGCCCUCCACAAUAUCGCCCGUCGGCCCAAAAAUGACAACUACACAAAGAAUUUCCACCAUAAUAUUAAAUUGUUUAAAAAAAAUGUUGUUGUUGUUGUCAUCGACAGACUGAAUGUUUGCCCCGAGAGGAAAAAUGUCUGUAUUAUAUUUGCGGCGGGGCGACACAAUGACGACGAACUCACUGCCAUGUUGUAAAUAAAAACACGUCGAGUCACGUUUAGGCUGAGGCCAGCCGCUUUCGUUGUGGAAAAAAAAAAAAAUGCAGACGGUUUUGUGUGUGUGAGAGAGAGAGAGAGACAAAACAAGCCUGGAGGUACAUGUUCAUUUUCUUGCGUGAUGUUAAAAAAAAAAAAAUAAAUCCACACCAGUUUCCUAUGUGCAUGCUUUGCUCGCUCUAAUUGAAGAUCUUGCAUGAACACACCUGUCCUCCAGGUGAACGUGCCGCACUCUUGCGUAAUUACACGUGUGUGAAUUAUGGCUGCUGU